AUGCAUUUUAUGUCAUAUUUUCCUUUUUUCCUUAUCUGUAUUUCUCAAUACUUUUUACAAGGAGCAAAUGCAAAUGACCCUGGUCAACAACUUCUAGAUUUAUUGGAGCUUGGUGAUAAAUUAAAUGAAGAAAGUAAAAUGUUUAAAAAAAUGGGAGAACGUAAAAAAAGAGAUUUUUAUGAAACUUUCGGUCAUGAUUCCUGGCAAAGACAACCAUUAGGACAAAAAUACAAUAAUGUUAGAGAAAAACUUUCGGGUAUUUAUGGGACAGGAGAAAGAACAAAAAAUUUAGGUGUUUUAAUUUAG